GAGAUCUACUUCUAGAGGUCUGUCAGUCCGUCUAUAAAUGGUACCAUCCAGCGUUUAAUAUCAUCCAUCGUCCCCGCGAUCAAAGCAGACUAGUAUAGCAGCAUAAGAUCUAGCAAUGGCGACUGCCACUGAAAAACAUAAACCACCAUUACCACUCCAUUCUCACAGGUUCUUGCGUCGCAGAUACUUUAACCGUGCAUUUGCAGCUAUCUACAUACUUUCCUUCUUAGCUCUACUAUACCACCAUACACUCGCGCUAUCUAAAGAGACCAAAACCUUAGUUUCCAUCUCUGUAUCCAUCUCCUUGCUUAUAGCUGAUCUUUUUCUUUUUUUCAUGUGGUCCACGACGCAGUGUUUUCGCAUGAAUCCACUAGUUCGUAAAGUUUUUCCUGAAAAUCUAGAGAAAGUGGUUUCCAGGGAAAGUUUUCCUGCUUUGGACAUAUUCAUAUGUACUGCAGAUCCAUACAAGGAGCCGCCUUUGACUGUUAUUAACACGGCCUUAUCAGUUAUGGCUUAUGAUUACCCAACCCAAAAGAUUUCUGUUUAUGUAUCGGAUGACGGAGGUUCACAGCUUACUUUGUUUGCUUUCUUGGAGGCUGCAAAAUUUGGUAGACAUUGGUUACCUUUCUGCAGGGAAAAUAGCAUCAUGGAGAGGUGCCCGGAUGCUUACUUCAGCUCUAACUAUUCAGCAAACUCUAAAACUCAACAUAUCAAGAUGAUGUAUGAGAAGAUGAAGAUGAGGGUAGAAAGUGCGGUGGCGAAAGGUGAGAUAGCGGAUGAGUACAUCACCAGCGAGCAAGAGCGCACGGCUUUUAGUAAAUGGACUCCAGGAUUCACUCGACAACAACAUCCUUCUGUGGUUCAGGUCUUGCUGGACAGUCGUCAGGACAGAGACAUAACUGGAGAUUCGAUGCCAAAUCUCAUCUACCUUUCCCGAGAGAAAAGCAAGACAUCCCCGCAUCAUUUUAAGGGUGGUGCCCUCAAUGCCUUGCUUCGUGUAUCGGCAGUUUUGACCAACGCACCUGUAAUUCUCACACUGGACUGCGACAUGUUCUCCAACGAUCCACACACAGUCCAACGGGUUCUAUGUCUCUUCAUGGACCAUUCAGUUCGGCCCAACCUCGGCUACAUACAGUUGCCACAGGUAUUUAACGGGCUGAACAAGGCUGACAUCUAUGGUUGUGAGUUCAAGCCACUAUUUCAAAUGAAUCCUCGCGGCAUGGAUGGGCAGAAAGGCCCAAACUACUAUGGCACUGGAUGCUUUUUCGUUCGACGGGCUUUCUUUGGCGGACCAUCAUCAUGUGUUCAGCCAGAGAUCCCAGAACUGAGUCCAGACCAAGGUGUCAAGGAGCCCAUUAUGUCUGAAAAAAUUUUAAAGCUUGCCAACCUGGUAGCUGGCUGCAACUACGAGAACCACACCAACUGGGGCUCUAAGAUAGGAUUCAAAUACGGUUCUUUGGUGGAGGACUACUACACUGGUUAUAGGCUUGUUUGCGAGGGAUGGCAGUCAGCAUUUUGCGAUCCUGAGAGGCCAGCUUUUCUUGGGGACAUACCCAUCUCCCUAAAUGAUGCCUUGAGCCAAACCAAGCGAUGGUCCGUAGGACUACUGGAGGUGGCUUUCUCCAAGUAUAGCCCAAUAACAUUUGGGGUCCAGGCAGUUGGGUUUCUGGAGGCUCAUUGUUUCGGCCAUUAUGCUUUCUGGCCUGUUUGGUCCGUUCCCGUCGCCAUCUAUGCCUUCCUUCCCCAGCUCACUCUCCUCAACAAUAUGCCCAUCUUUCCCAAGGUAUCUGAUCCAUGGUUUUACCUGUACGCCUUUUUAUUUCUCGGGGCAUACAUACAAGAGUGCCUCGAUUUCAUUUUAGCCAAAAGCACAUUCGAGAGGUGGUGGAACGAACAAAGAAUGUGGCUCAUCAGAGGCCUAACAUCAUACCUGUUUGGAACCAUUGAAUUCUUCUCCAAACUUGUAGGCAUUCCAACGCAGGGUUUCAAUGUCACAAGUAAAGUAGUUGAUGAUGAACAAGGCAAAAGAUAUGGUCAGGGCAUAUUCGAAUUUGGGGUUCCGUCACCAAUGUUUCUGCUGUUAUCAGUGGCUACAAUUAUCAAUUUGAUCGCCUUUCUUGGCGGUUUCCUGGAGGUGCUGAGGGGAGGAAACUUGGAUGGUUUGUUUGUCCAGUUGUUUAUUGCUGGUUUCGCGGUAUUGAAUUCCUUGCCACUUUACGAGGCCAUGGUCCUGAGAGCUGAUAAAGGCAAAAUGCCUACCAAAACCACCAUCAUUUCGGCUUUUAUUGCUUUGGGUCUUUGUGUUAUGAGUUCUUUCAUGCUCCAGACCUAGUAAGGGAUAUUUUUCCUUUGUUGCUAAUGUAUCCGGGAUUAGAAAGAUCUAAAUGAAUACUUGCAGAAUAUCCUGAUAUA